AUGAUCGACACGAAAUUUAUCAUCAAUGCAUCACCCUCUAGGUUCCUCAAUUUUGCCACCAUAUCAACCUACCAUACCGCAUUUUUGCGUACUACCGUUCUCAAAAGCAAGGACGUAGGAAGCCAAGUGGAGCCGGGCGACAAACUGUUAAUCACAGUCAAGGGUGCAUUGUUCAAUGCCUCAGUUGAUGCUAAUUUUGCUGCAGAGUUUGCAUGGUAUGGAACGCUUGGAAGAAAUUGGAUUUUUCACGGCACACACAGGUUUCAAUUUCUUCCCUUCGAAAGCUCGACAGAAAUGACACUAUUUGUGCAGACUGAAGAGUUUGGUGAAUUUUGUCGUCUCUAUUGGAAAAAUGCUCUGAUUGUAACAAGAUGA